AUGUUUUUCGUUGCUUACAAUGCCAAUGACCGGAUCGCGAGAGGCAGGCGGAGGUUUGCGCCGACACCGAGAGGCAGGGGCUGGGGCGAGUCGCGCCGACACCGAGAAGCGGGGGGCGCUCGCGCCGACACCGAGAAGCGGGGGGGCGAGCUUGGAUCGCAGUCCACAGUUCACGGCGAGACGGGAUCGCAAGCCACCGCCCGCGCCGACACCGGAUUGCAGUCCACAGCUCACGGCGAGACGGGAUUGCAAGUCAUAGCUCGCGGCGAGCUGGAUCGCAGUCCACAGGCCGCGACGAGACCGGAUCGGAGUCAACAGCUGACGGCACGACUGGAUCGCAAGCAACAGCCGCGGCGAGCUUGGAUCGCAGUCCACAGUCCGCGCCGACACCGGAUCGCAGUCCACAGUUCACGGCGAUACGGGAUUGCAAGUCAUAGCUCGCGGCGAGAUGAAUCGCAGUCCACAGCUCACGGCGAGACCGGCUCGCAGAGAGGCAGGCGGGGGCGGGGGCUCGGGCCGACACCGAGAUACAGGGAGCGGCGAGCCUGGAUCGCAUUCCACAGCUCACGGCGAGACGGGAUUGCAAGUCAUAGCUCGCGGCGAGCUGGAUCGCAGUCCACAGGCCGCGACGAGACCGGAUCGGAGUCAACAGCUGACGGCACGACUGGAUCGCAAGCAACAGCCGCGGCGAGCUUGGAUCGCAGUCCACAGUCCGCGCCGACACCGGAUCGCAGUCCACAUUUCACGGCGAUACGGGAUUGCAAGUCAUAG